AUGGCCACAAUUCUAUUCAACGAAGGGCACCCCGGACCCAAAUACGCCCAAGAUGCCCCAACCAAAAAACAGCUUCUGAACAAUAUCAUCGACGGCAUGGCCCGAACACGACCCAACGCACUCUGGGCCGUAACACCCAUCUCAUCCACCAGCUACUCUGAAGGUUUUCGAAAAGUCACAUAUUCCGCGCUUGCAAAUGCCGUGAAUGGUAUUGCGUGGUGGUUAACCGAUCAGCUUGGUUCUGGAUUCGGAAAGGAUUUUCCAACUAUUUGUUAUAUGGGUUGGAAUGAUCUGAGAUAUGUUACUAUGGUCUUAGGUGCAGUGAAAGCCGGCUAUAAAAUACUUCUCGUCUCGCCUUAUAACAGUAAUGAGGGAAACACCAGUCUAUUCAACGCACUGGACUGUCAAGUUUUAGCAACUACAGAUCCUGUUCCAAUAGGAGUGCCCGUUUUACGCACCAUUACUGUUCCAAAUGUCAGCGAGCUUCUAGAUAAAAGUUACAAACAUUUUCCCUUUAGCAAAACUUUCGACGAGGCCAAGGAUGAACCUCUGGUUUGUCUUCACACGUCCGGAACGACUGGUCUACCGAAACCUGUUAUCUAUCCUCACGGCUUUGUAUCGACAUAUAUGAGAAUGGCGCAAUUGGCUUCCCCUGAGGGUUUUGAAUCGAGAGAAAAGCAGUACCAAGGCACACGAGUUUUUAUGAACCUUCCACCAUUUCAUGCAAGUAUAUCUAGUUCAUUCAACUAUCUGUUUGAGGUUAUGAUAGGCAUCAAGCAUAAACGCACUAUCCGAAUCACUAGCCAAUCAGAACAUUGUCAUAUUCCCUCUACCAAUGGAACGAGCUACCGCCUCAUCGCUGGUCGAGAUUAUGAAACACACGCCAGUAGACGCACUAUGUGCACCUCCAUGGAUGGUACACGAGAUUGCGACCAAUCCCGAAAUCUUAGAAGAAUUGAUGGCCCGGAAACUCGACGUUAUAUGUCAGGAGAAUGGCCGGCAGAAGAUUGGAAAUAUCAAUGUACUCAUCCUGCUGCAGGUUUGGAAUAUCGGGCUUUCUCAGACGAUGAUCAGCUUUAUGAAGCAGUCAUCGUACGGAAUUCCGAUCCUGAGUUUGAACAACCAGUGUUCAAACUCUAUCCGGAUUUGAACGAGUAUUCUACCAAGGAUUUAUUCUCUCCUCAUCCCACAAAGGAAGGGUUAUGGACAUACCGUGGGCGUACCGACGAUAUGAUUUUGGUGGUUGUGGAUAAUGUGGCAACUCGUCCAUUCAAUCCACAGUUUAUGGAACAUGCAGUGACAAACCAUCCUGAUGUCAAGGAUGGAGUUAUGGUUCCCGCUGGAAAGUUUUUCAACGAGAGAUUUGCAACCAAAACUGCACUUCUUGUUGAUUUGAAAGAUAGCAUUGAUGCGACAGCUCUUGGCUAUGAAGAAAAGCUGAUUGAAGAAAUUUGGACUAUUGUUAAUGGUAUCAAUGAGAAGUACAGAGAAGAAGCUUGGGUGCGGAAGGAAUGCAUCAUGAUUGCCAAACCACAGAAACCCCUUCCGAGAAGCCCAAAAGGCUCUAUUCAACGGGCUAGAGCUAUGGAAUUGUACGCAAAAGAGCUAGAGAGUCUCUAA